AUGGCAUCGAUUCUUACAAUCACUGCGGGGGUUGCUGCAGCGGCGUUUCUAGGCCGCGCAGGUCUCGUAGCGUUCAGAAAAUCACGAGGAGAAGCCGUCGGCGCACUCGGAAAAGCUUUUUAUAAAGGUGGAUUCGAGCCCAAGAUGAAUCGCAGAGAAGCUGCACUCAUUUUACAACUCAGCGAACGACAACUUACCAAAGAGCGCAUACGAAAGAAUCACCGCACCCUCAUGAUGUUGAACCAUCCGGAUCGAGGCGGCUCACCAUAUCUAGCCACCAAAGUGAACGAAGCAAAGGAGUUUUUGGAGAAGAACGGGUGAUCUUUCUUACUUCCGCAUACAAUUUUCUUGGGGGGUUUUGGAUGGAUUUUCCUUGGAUCAAGUUGGCGAUUCGCUUUUCUCGACUUCCGCAUACUUCAAUUAUUCGCGCACAUACGAUUUCAGCCCUGCUAGAUUGACUAUUCCUGUGGCUUCUCGACAUUCUCUUGCGAUUUGGCAUGAUCCGGUGCGAUUACUGCUACGACAUCAGCUUGCGAGACACAAU